AUGCCUGUAGUUAUAUUUCUUCUUGAUAAUUCAGCAUCAAUGAAUCAAAUGACUCAUGUUGGUACAAGUCUUUUUGAUAUUGGGAAAGGAGCUAUCGAACAAUUUCUUAAAAUACGACAACGAGAUGCUGGUGCAGCUAGAACAGAUCGAUAUAUGUUAUUAACACUUGAUGAACCACCAAUAAAUGUUAAAGUUGGAUGGAAAGAACCAAUGACUGUAUUUACUAAUCAAUUAAAAAGUCUUGAAGCAACUGGAUUAACACAAAUGGGUUCAGCAAUAAAACAAGCUUUUGAUUUACUUAAUCUUAAUCGACAUGCAGCUGAUCAUGAUACAUAUGGAUGUGGUCGAUUUCCACAUUUACUUGAACCAUCAUUAAUUAUUGUUAUUACAGAUAAACAAAAACUAACUACAUUAGCUGGUGUUCAAAAUGAAAUUAAUAUUCCAAUGAAUACAGGUCCAUUAGGUAGUGAAUUAACUAAAGAACCAUUUCGUUGGGAUCAACGUUUAUUUGCUAUUGUACUUGCAUUACCUGCUACUGCAUCAUCAAUAAUUCCAACAGGAGCACCUGGUAAUGCAACUGGUACUGGUAUAGGUGAUAUACCUACUAAUCAAUUUAUUCCAGCUGCUAUUGAUCAACCAAUUACUGCUAUGUGUGAUGUAACUGGUGGUCGUUCAUAUUUAAUUACAUCUCAACGAACACUUCUUCAAUGUUUAGAAUCUCUUGUACAAAAAAUUCAAAUUGGUGUUGUUGUUAAUUUAGAAAAAGUUAUUAGUGAAGGAGAUAGUGAACGAUGUGCAUGGCAUUCAUGUCGAAAAAUGAUAAUGAUUCCACGUUCAUUACCUAAAACAGAAAAAACAGAAUAUAAUUGGCCAAUACCUGAAGAUUAUUGGCCAACAGCAGCAAUGCUUUCACUUCCAUCACGAUCAGCACAUGCUUUAAUUAAAUUUCAAAUAAGUUCAUGUGCAACAGUAACAGAUAAAUUUCCAUUUGAUAAAUAUGAAUUAGAACCAUCACCAUUAACACAAUAUAUACUUGAACGUCGACAACCAACAACGGCUUGGCCUGUUUUUGUUCAAGGUUCAUCUCGUCUUGGUCCAACUGACCUUGGUUCACCAUUUGGUUAUCUUAAAGCAAGUACAAAUUUAACAUCUGUUAAUCUAUAUGUUAUGCCAUAUAAUUAUCCAGAAUUAUCAACAUUACUCAAUGAAUUAAAUAAAUCUCAUGGUUCAAAUGUAUCAAGAACUUGGCAAAAUCGUUUUGAUACUUAUCUUCGAUCGAUUCCACCUUAUUAUCUUACUCCAUUACGACGUGUUCUUUCACGUAAACAACUUCAAUUUGUAUUUGAAUCAUUUGAUAAACAAAAUCCAACACAACCAACAAUUCUUCUUUCACCACAAAUGCUUGGAUAUUUAAAAAAAAUUCGUUCACAAGCAAAAGCUGAACUUGAUCGAUGGCCACCAAUGCAAGAAAAACCACCACCACUUAUACAUCUUCUUCCAUUACGUCCUGAUCUUUUAUUUGAUAAAACAUCAUCAUCAAGUGCAGAUUUACAUGAACCAGGUGAUGAUUCAAUACAUAAUAAUUUUCUUUUACAAUCAAAAUUAAAUUCUAAACAACAACAACCAUUACAAUUAUAUUUAAAUGUAUUUGAUAUUCCACGAUCACAAUUACUUGAUGUUGUUACAAAAUUACGUCGACAUUUAGUACAAAAUACAACUAAUUAUGAAAUACAAGAUGAAGAUGCUUUACAUUCUGUACCUAUUAAAGAAAUGUCGAAUUAUGAUGAAUAUCCACGUGCUAAUGCACAAAUUGCUCCAUUAAGAGAAAUUGAUGCUCAACCAGUUAGACAACAUGUUUUUGGAAAUCCAUUUAAAGUUAACAAACCAAUCGAUGAAAUCGAUGAAUUAGUUGGCUCAACUGCUGUUCCUCAACAACAACAACAACCAAUAUCAAGAAAACGAUCACAAUUAGAACAAACGUUAGCACCUGGUUUAAGUGUAAUGAAAAAAAAACGCACACCUUUAGUUCUGAAAAAUUAUGUUUAUCGUCGACAUUUAUCCAUUGGUGGUGGUAGUGGUCCUCCUAGUCCUGCAACAUCAACAACAAGUACCGAUGAUGAAUCAGAUACUGAAUCAAUACUAAUGAAUAAUUCAAUGAAUCGUUUUUCAUUUGAUAUUUGUUGUGUAUUAGAUGAUGAUCGUCGUCGUUUAUUAAAAAAAUAUCGUGAAAUUAAAAAAAAAGUUAAAUUAUUAUUUCGUCGUCAAGCUGAUCAAGAAAUUUUAACACUAUUAGAUACAUUUACAUCAUCAAAUGAAUAUAAAUUAACUUUAAUAAAUGAAUUAAUAUAUGAAUGUCAAAGAUUGUAUCCAUCAUUUGAGUCUCGUCUUAAUCAAUAUAAAAUGAAUAUUGUUAAUGAUUUAUCAUUAAAAGAAGAUGAACCAUCAUCAUCAUCAUCUUCAAUUAUAUUAGAUGAUUAUAUGUGA